GGCUUUUAAAGCCAGGAGCUGGGGGAGGGGAAGAGGCCAACGGAAAUGGCUGCGCUGGGUCGGGCUCCGCCAGGGUCUCCUGGGAAGGGUCCUGGGGAUGCCUCGUCUAGGCGUGCGGGGAGUUCCCCGCGCAGCUAGGGGAAUGGCGGCCCAGCGAUCCGCGGCACUAUCGGCCAUGGGGGAGAGUGGGAAUACGCCCGACACCCACGCAUCCCGAACUCGGGGUCAUUUAGGGGGAACGCAGGUGAACCCCAUGCCGGCCCAGGAUGCCUCGCUUGCGGCCUUGAGGCGAGGGAUGUGCGGGGGAAGGGAGGCGGGAGACCAUGAAGCGAAUGCUGAGGCAGCGAAAGCGCAGUGUGGAAGCGCGGCGUGCGCCAAGUGCCGCAGUGUCUCCUGCCACUCGGUCACCCGGGCUGACCCCAUGCCCGCUGAAGGGGCCUCCCCGCCCCCACCUCACUCCCGUGAGGCCGACGUCGAGCUUUGCGGCGUCUCAACGAGUGGGGUGUGCAUGGCGUCCCGCCGCUUCCCGCAUGCGCUGCCUGACGCGGGGUUGGAGUGCACGCGAACGACCGAACCUGCGCAGGACGCGUGGAGACCUCCCGCCGGCUCUUUGCCAGAGGCCUGGCCCGGCACUGGCCCGACAUUCAUCUUGCAUGGCAGGCGUCCCCAAGAGGCGGGGACGGGCGAGACCGCCCCCUUAUCGCUGAGCAGCAGCCGGCGAGGCCCGCGGCGGGGUGAGGGUCCCUUCGGCCGUGCGGCUCUAUCAGGCUCACUCCCAGGGGGUCCUGGCCGAGGCGCAGCAGGAGGCAUGGGGCCAAUUAGCAUUUUGAUUGCGGGACUGGGGGGCCCAUCUGGAAGGAGGCCUAAUUACCAGGCGGACCCUCGGGGCGCUGCUGGGUUGUGCCAGGCCGAUCCUCUCACCCGGAGCUCUUUGCAUCCUCCUGGACCCUGUCUCCACCCCCAACUCUCUGUCCUUUCGACUCCCUCCCUGUCCCCAUCCCACUGACCCAGUCACCCCGUCGUUCUGUCCCAGUACUGUGUCUCUUCAGUCACCGCAUCCUUCCCUUCCUCUAUCUCACCUUCGCCUUGGUCCUUCGCCUUUCCAUUGCUGUGGCACUACGCGCUCACCCUACUGUCUCCAUCCGACAUCUCGGUACCCACAUCCUCUUUUUCUGUCCACAUCCCUGACUCUUUGUCCAUCUCCCAGCCCCUUUGGUCCCCCUCCUGAUGAACGACACGUCAGAGCGUGAACGCAUGUGUCCUGCGACCAGGUGUUCCCGAGGGUACCAUUCUGGAGGGCCUUGAUCACACUCUGGUGGAUCCCUGAGCCCCCACCCCACCCCCGCGCCUGGGGCGCCCAGCGGGGAGAGGCAGCUGGGCCCAGGCCUUGGCCAUCAGUCCGACCAGACAUGGGUACUGAGAGCACAUGCUGCCCCGCAGUAAUUACUUGGUUCUUUUUGCCUUUCCUCCCUGCAAAAAUCCCUUUCCCAUCGUCACCUAGGCCCUCUGCAUCUGGAGGUUGUGGUGGUGGCGGCACAGACCCGAGGUGCAACCAGGAGAGGUUAGAGGUCAGCAGAUGACACUACAUUUUAGUCUCCCCAACAUAAGGAUUCCCUGAGUCUCUUCCAUUGGAGCUGGGGUCUUGGGAGGCUUGGUUGCCAAAGAGGAGCUAGUCAGGGAUCCCAGCUGGAUGGAUGUGUCAGGCUCUGCCUGCACUUGGUCUCCUAGUCAGUCCCUGCAGGUCUUCCUAUGGGGACCUCUUCCUGCUGUCCUGGCUAUCUUGCAGCACUGCCCAGCUUCUUAUCUCUUCCUGCUUCGGUGUUGCAGCAUUGAUUCUAUGACCCUCUGUCUCUCCUGUACAGGCACACCCAGCCCCCAUAGCAGAAAGUCCAGGCUUAAGAGAGGGGUUCCAGGGCUGGGGGUGUGGCUCAAGCUGUAGUGCACUCGCCUGGCAGGCGUGUGGACCGGGUUCGAUCCUCAGCACCACAUACAAAGAUGUUGUGUCCGCCGAAAACUAAAAAAUAAAUAUUAAAAUUCUCUCUCAAAAAAAAAAGAGAGGUUUCACUACUGUGUUCUCAGCACACCCAUCACCAGCAAGACAAGAGACCCUGGUGUGCCCACUCUCAGAUCUGUGGUCCCAUUCCUCUCUGCCCCAGCUGGGCUCCAUCUAGGAAUCACUGAACAACCUAGCCUGGAGUGUUCACCCAUCCUGCUGGGCAGAGAGGAAGUGAUAGGCAGAGAAUGGAAAAUUGUGUUGAAAUGAGGACACACACAGUUUCUGUGGGGAAGCAUAUAGUUGGGACAGAGGAGAAGGUCAUUAGCAGGAAGAAGAGGUCAAGGCUGUUAGGGGCAGGAGAUGCAGAAUCAUCCAUAAGAAUACCCACAGCAGCAGGAACUUCACCACAGCCACCACGGGGGCAUGCCAAUACCAAGGCUGGUGCUGGGUGGCUGCUGCAGCAAUGACUCCUGUCCCAGCUACAACUCUUGGGGAAGUGAAAGGACAAAGCCUGCAAUCCCAGUGAAGAAUAAGGAAGCUGAUGCUUCACUUCCAGGCCAGGGGCCUAGGUGGGGAGAGAGCGGCCCCCAGAGAGGGUGGCCAGCUUAAGGGCAGCAUGAAGGGAAGGAGAGGAUGUAGGGCUCUCUAGUGGAGCCCGGGUCUUAGGAGGCAGUUUCAGGACUAGGGCUCUGCUUUAAAAAGU